CACUCAAAAGUCAGUAAGUAUUUAAUUUAGACCGGAUCAAACAAUAAGUGGUUAACAUCGAGAGUUCUAAAUAUUUUCUAAGUUGUGAAUAAUAAAAUGUGUUUAAUAUAAUAAGCGUGUGUUAACCCUGCUAACAAAAGUGAGUUCAAGAAAGAUAUAUUAUACAAGAGGGUAAUGAUGUGAAGAACUGGCAGUGAUGUGGCUCCCGGCGCUUCUGUACCUGCUGGGUCAACUGGACCUGUCCGCAGGCGGGAGCGAUACAACAGAUCCCGAUGCAAUCUUCGCGGUGAACAACGGCACCGCAGCCACUGACACCAUGAUACAGCCUCACUUCGACAAUUCAACGAAACGCGAAUAUACAGCUGCAGUUGGUCAGCCUGCAUACUUACACUGCAGAGUGAAAAAUCUUGGAGACAGAUCGGUAUCCUGGAUACGAAAACGUGAUCUACACAUCCUCACAGUAGGUGUUCAUACAUAUAGUAGCGACGCGCGAUUCGCAGCGCUGCACACCGACGGUUCCGAUGAAUGGACGCUGAGAGUGGCGCAUGCGCAGCCCAGAGAUUCUGGUGCCUAUGAAUGCCAAGUAUCGACGGAGCCAAAAAUCAGUUUGUCCUUCUGGCUUACUGUUGUGGUUUCAAAGGCCGAGAUCUUGUCGGGUCCAGAGCUGUUUGUGCGCGCCGGAUCUGAUAUUAAUUUAACAUGCGUUGCGAGGCACGCACCCGAUCCACCAAGUUCUGUCAACAGCUUUAUAUACUGGUAUCGCGGUGCUAAUGUCGUGAACUACGCUCAACGCGGCGGCAUAAGCGUGGAAACUGAGCAGCGUACUCGCACAAGCCGUCUUCUGAUCGCGCGAGCAUCGCCAAGAGACUCGGGAAAUUAUACAUGCGCCCCAAGUAGUUCCGAUUCUGCGUCUGUGGUUGUACACGUCCUGAACGGCGAAAGACCGGCCGCCAUGCAAAGCGACGCUUACCAAACCAAGCCAACCAAUACUCUUAUAUUUUUAAUUAUACUUAUUCUAAGAAUUCAAAAACUUGACAAUAUCAUGGACACUUUUGUUUUAGUGUACACGUCCAUCGUAAAUUUUCAAAUCAAACAUCGAUUUAUUAGUGAUAAUUCUGUUCGACUUAUAUCUAGAUGACGUGCAAAUUUAAACCUAAUUGUAAAGGCAUAAAAUGCAUUAUAAGUUUUAAAAUUAACUUAGUUAUGAAAAAAAACGAAUUACUAUAAUAUUUACCGUCUGAUUAACUUAGAAUGAAUUAAAAUACUGAUUGAUGUUGUAAUUUAAAAUUAAUUAUUAUGUAACUAAUAAACAAUUGAACCAUGAACCUACUUUUAGUUUAUAUGUUU